AUGGCGCGACCAGUCAGUAAAAUCGGUGAGUAUCUGCCCCUGAGCAAGCACUACUUUCGCCUGUUGAUCAUGUAUGAGAUCAUUGAAUAUUUACCAGUCUUCCUUGCCCAUGUCUUUGCAGCCCUCGCUUCUUGCAUGAAUGUCGGGUGCAAAGCAGUGCGAUAUCACGGUACACCCUCAAACAAGGCUGACCCGAAUCUCAUCACAACGACCAUACUCAUAUUCUUCUCGGAUGAAAGUGUCUCACAGGCAAGGAGAGGGCAGUCACUUCUGAAUCCGUCUUUCUUCUGGUUUUCAAUGAGUGAUUUUGAAAGCGACGUCGGUGACGGCGACACGGCGGCCAGUACCUGGCGACAAAUCGACGUCAGGCCAUCCUUUUCCUAA